AAAAAGUGACCGUGACGUCUUCCACGUGAUCGGCCAUGAGCUCCUAUUUGCUCGCGUGUCAUUAUGUGGAGCCCAAGUUCCCGCCGUGCGAGGAGUACUCCCACCCCGACUACCUGCCCCCUCAGCCCGACUACUACCCCGCCCGGGACCGACACCUGCCCGGUGCAACGCAGCCGCCGUACGCGCCGUGUCGGCCCGCGGGCAGCCCGCCGCCGCCGCCGCCCUGCGAGCAGCCUCACCCGCCUUCUCCCGCCAGCAGCCCCGUGGGGCCCGUGGUCUACCCGUGGAUGAAGAAAGUGCACGUCAACGUCGUGAGCUCCAACUCCACCGGGGAAGGUGAGCCCAAGCGCCUCCGGAGCGCCUACACGCGCCAGCAGGUUCUGGAGCUGGAGAAGGAGUUCCACUACAGUCGCUACUUGACGCGCAGGCGCAGACUGGAGGUCGCGCACACCUUGAGUCUCUCGGAGCGGCAGAUCAAAAUCUGGUUCCAGAACCGACGAAUGAAAUGGAAGAAGGAUCACAAGUUACCUAACACCAAAGUCCGGGCUGGGAACACGACAACCACAACAUAAACUGCAACAACAACUACGACAAAAACAACAACAACAACAACAACAACAUCAAAGUCCAAACGGUUCAAAGUGCAAACUCGAAGACGAUGAAAUCCUCCAGUUCUUUGUUGCUUCAUUCAGGAU